GGUGGACUCGUGGAUGGACGCUGCAGGAGCUACUCGCCCCUUCCUCUGUACACUUCUUCACCCGGGACGGAUUGAUGCUGGGUAACAAAAGCUCCCUCGUGGACAUGAUCCAUGAUAUCACCUCAAUACCAAAGGGCGCCUUGAUAUCCCUCGUACCAACGAAGCACUCUCGCCAGGAGCGCUUGCGUUGGGUGCGGCACCGUUUCACAACCGUCGAAGAAGACAAGGUGUAUUGCAUGCUCGGACUCUUUGAGAUAAGCAUGCCCGUCAUCUAUGGCGAGGGACUUGGUUCUGCUACCAGGAGACUUGAUGAUGCCCUUGACAGGAUUCAUGGAAUCUUCAAUGGACAAGCAACACGAAGACCGCGACACCAGGCCUGGACACCAGCUCUCCGACGAAGUCGAUCGUGAGUACCGCGGGCUCACGCAAAAAUUCCAGCACUCCCUAGAGAUGGAGCAAGCAUAUUUGCAACAAUUAUGGUCACCCCAGCUCGAAACAGGACGCUACGAGAUUGAUGACCCAGUUCCUGGGACCUGUUCGUGGCCUUUUGAGCUGUCCCAGUACCGCAAAUGGCAAAUGGAUUGUGGAAUGCCCCAGUCAGAGCACAACUCAAUCCUCUGGAUCAAAGGAGCGCCCGGCAGCGGCAAAUCCGUCCUGAUGAAGCAUCUCUCCAUCGUUUCACAGACAGGAGAUAAAAGACGCGAAAGCGUCACGUUGUCUUUUUUCUUCAAUGCGAAGGGACAGACGCUCGAGAAAAACAUGCUCGGACUGUACAGGGCCCUUUUGUUCCAACUCGCACAGCGGAAUGCAGUUGUUCUAUCAAUGCUCGCCGGCAACAAGACUGCAUCUCCCGAAAAGAUUCCCUUGGAAGAACUCAAACAGCUGUUGAAGAAAGGACUUGCUUUCAUAAAAACACAGCCAGUAGUCGUCUUCAUCGACGCUCUGGACGAGUGCGAUUCACGGACCCAUCAAAGAAAAGAACUUAUGUUCUGGCGGACACUUUUAGAGAUGACUCCGAACUUGCGAUUCUGCAUAUCGUCUCGCUUCGUGACAGCCUUCAGCACUGGUGCGGACCCCACCGUGGACAUUGGAAUCUAUAACUCUCCAGACAUCAAAGUCUUGAUCGAUCAUUGGCUUCGGUCUCACCUGCACGAGUCGGACACGGUCCUGCUGUCCUUGAGGAAGAAGCUGAUUGGCAAGGCUUCUGGUUCUUUCCUUUGGACAACUUUGGUGCUCGAUGAUUUAUUAGAAAAGAUUGAAGGAGGCCAUAAUUCGCGUUUUCUUCUUCGACGUCUCGAUUGCGUACCACUUGGUUUACAAUCGCUGUUCGAGUUUCUCUUACAAAAAGUGGUUCUCAAGGAUCAUCAUACCGCAGUUUCUGUCUUUCGAUGGGCAGUAUUUGCGCAAACUCCGUUGCGGGUAGACGAGUGGCAACAUAUUAUGGCCCUCAGCUCUGUCUUCCAAAAGAGGACACUACUACAUGUGUGGCGUAAGUCGGACGCCUACACUGAAAACCAUUCUCAGCUUGCCCGACGUAUACGCACACUAACGUGCGGAUUGGUUGAGGUGAAGGGCAUGGCCGGCAUGACGGCCGAGCACCAUGUCACCACUGAGCACGAUGAAGUCCUGGAUCUAAUGUCAGUCGAUGCUGGUGCUGGAUCACUGGAUUUGGAUCAGGGCGGUAGUCGGUUUGUGAAAGUCAUGCACGAAUCAGUGCGAGACUUCCUGGCCUCUGACAAACAAUCCUUUCUUCCCGGCAGUACAGCGAGACAGCAUCUGCUGAUUAUGCAGAAUUGCCUCGACUAUCUACAUGUUGUGGAGCUGGACGCCUAUGUUGAAGCACGUCAUAAUGCACUACUGGCAGAGGAGAGGAUUCGAUGUCGCGAGGCUUUGUACGACCAGCUAUGGGCGAACAUCAGUGACGACGAAAACGACACCAAAUCGAAGCAUUCGCUGGGUCCAAGUCCAACGAUGGAACAUGAGGGAGUCGCGCAUACAAAGAAGCGCAGAUUCGCGGCGCCUGACAGCGCACAUUCUGACGAGCUUGACCGCGCACGGAGUGUGAAGAUGAGACACUCUUCUCCAAUGACCAUGUUGCAUGAGGGGCAACAGAUCCAGCAAGUUCAGGACGAUGGACACCCUGCUACGAUCAGCGAUACCAUCACGCAGCCUUUGUCGGGAGGCCAUGAAUACAGCCAAAGCGUUAUUCAGCGAUGGUUGGAUGGACUGACGCUCGGACAAAUGGAUUUGCCUGACGCACAAGAGUCGAGCACAACCCAGCCUCGCGAUUUUCUUCUUCCUGAGGCUGGCAAAUCUCAGAUGCUUGGUGGCCAUUUGCCUCUUCUCUCCUACAUCACGACUUAUUUCUGGGAGCACGCCAAAGCUGCGCAGCCUAUAAACGGCCACGAUUUUCCGCUACUGCUGACGGUCAUUACACGCCUCAGACAGCCUGAAAUUUGGGCAAGAUGGCAGGCGAUUGAUGAAAGCGCGCCUUAUGAUUUAGUCAAUCAUCCAACAACUUUGCUAUGCAACUAUCUCGAGCACCUCGGUCUUUCGUCAUGGGUUAAGCAUAUCGAAAAUGAGCAGGGGCUACUGACAGAGGCCACGCUUGCCUUAAUGGAUCAACCUCCCGGGACAGUCCGACGCAGAGACAGUGUUGCGAGUUUCGGCUCCGCGAGCAGCCAUCACUCUGGGAGAAGCAUCAUACACGGCGUCGUUUAAGGCUUUGAAGUUAGUUGGAUUGUCCAUGUCCGCUACAGCUUACGAGUUAAUAGAAGCUGGGGACGUGCGGCAUCAGUAGUACUCGGUGGUGCAAGUGCUAAUCAGGGUCACCAAUCAUUUGUGUAGUGGCUUUUGGGGUGAAGUUCCUAACUCGAGUGCGAUGAAGUCGAUAGUCUCCAGCCGCAUUGAGGCGGACUUUUGCGAGUGCCAGUUUCCCGCAAAGACACUCCAGUAAGUAAACGCACGAGGAGCGAAUCGUAGUUUUUUACACAGUCCAGACGUUCGUCGCAGGGGUCAGCUGGAGGACUGUAGCCUACGCGUAUUGGCCGGUUCCAAGUUUUGUUAUAGUGUAUGGAAAGCUAAUCGGGAUUGCUGACCAGUCUUGAUCAUGGAGUCGUUGAUA